UUUUUAUAGUAUUGACUUUUUAGCGUCGUUAAUGUCGUUAUUUCCCUUGAUUUUCUCAAAAAACAAGUAUAUAUACAGAAAAAAAUACAUAUUAUCGAAGUAAUCUUAUCAACUAAUAAUCAUUGUGCAAUUUUUGACUGUUACAUCGCUAUUUUCGUUAUGGAAUUUGGAAGCCCAAUUAUGUUUCUUGAAGAAGUAUCUCCUGGUCAGAUUGAGGUGGAAGUGGAAACAACAGAGACGUGCCUGUUCGAUCCUUUAUUAGACCACAACUAUAAUUUGACUACACCUCAGCCGCCAUCAAAAAUACCAACUAAUAUUAAAAUACGGGAGCUGAAAGCCCUCUACCACUGCAGCAUAUGUGGCUACGCUACGUUCAAGAAGGAUGCCAUGCAGGCCCACUCGCUCACACACAAGAAGACGGAGACACCGGUGCAGAGACGCUGCGUACCUUGUCCAAGCUGUACUGUUAAGGAGAAGUAUGAAAAGUGUCCGAAGUGUAGUUAUUAUACCAAGAGGAAGGCGAGCUUGAAAAUACAUAUGAGCAUCCACAUGAAAGAAAAUCCUUACAAAUGUACGGAGUGUGAUCACCGCGUGAAGACCCUUAAGGAGUUGAUACAACACUUUAAAACUAGGUGCCAUCUCUGCAACUGUUCGCCAAAAAGAAAAGGCCUGGCGCAGCACUCGAUGCAAUGUAUUAUGAAAUUAAAGACUUGAUUCGUA